UGGAGCGAGAUCACAAGUGGAUCAGUAAAUAAGUGGCUUUUGAGGCGAAAACUAAGCAGAUUGUGACUUCUGUACUGGAAAGUGAAUUACGUGAAACGUUAUCAAGGUAUUUAGGAAAACAACAUGUCCACGGACACCAUAGUGAAUUUGGACGCCAUUGUAGAGAAAUGGGCACGGGAAGAAUACGAAAAGGACGCAAAGAGCAUACGUGAUCUGAAAAAGUACUUGAAAGAUUUAGAAAUGCUUACAAAGGUUCCUCGAAGGAGUAACAUCACUUUCAAAAAACAAGGAGAAACUAAAUUCACUAAGGGCGAAAAAGAAGAUGCUCAAGAGGGGGACAACAACAUACCUAAUGCGGUGAACAAGAUCGUGUUUAAAUCUACAUACAAUAACAAUACUGGUUACGAUCAAAAUCAUGCUUUUAAGACUGAACGAACUAUUACUGUCAAUGAGAAAACUGCAAUGACGAAUGGAUUCAAGAUGGGGAUGAACUUUGGAAUUCAACUGGGAGUUCCUCGUGUCGCCAAUACAACUCUUCACAUAAAUCCUGAAGUGUCGCUAAGCAACAGUACUGAAACCAGUAAAACACACACGUUGACAUGGACAUCAGACAGCACCUUGCCUGUCCCGAAACGUCACAGAGUCAUCGCCGAAGUGGUGGUGAAGGAGGAAGAAUACACAGGUUUAUUUGAGUCAUGUAUUGCUAUCAAUGGUUUGAUGGAGGUCGAUUUCAUAGAUCCGAAAAGCAACAGUAUAAUUCACACGGUCAGAGAUGAUAUAGCGAGGAUAAUCAACAAAUGUCAACCACUGGCUAUCCGUGAGGAUGUUAAAUUGUCAGGAGAUACAACGGUUAUCUGGACUGUAAGAGGCACGUGCCACUUCCAGUAUGACAUCAAACAAACCAUCAACACCAGGUGCGAAGAGUUGCCAAAGGAAUAUCCGGGUCCUUAUGACAGCGACUAAAUGGUGAAAACAACCCGCAUAGAACGUCGCUGUAGCUCUGCCUAUAUAAGAGGUGUCAGGCUGUGAUAAAGUCUUUGCGUUUUACGCUCCCAAUCUCUUUAAUUGAUGACAUCAAUAUACAAAUGUGAUCUGUACAAUUAACAUGCAUUACUUAGUAUUUUUGUAAAUCUAAGUGUAAGGGUUGACGUUCUCUGUACCCGUGGAAAAUGUGAUAAAAUCGAAGGCACGCGGUUAGCCAUUUCAUUGGUUUAUGUAUAAAAGCAUGACCAAUCGCCAGGUUGUUGCCUUUCCUUUGAAGAUUACAGAGGAAUGACACUGACAUCAAAGCCGGUCAAGUUUUACUGUUAUACUACCGCGUAUUUUUUUAGACGUACGUCAAAGGAUAUAUAGUUAGUCUAUAUGCAACAUCCAUAAGGUGGCGCAUAUGGAGCUUCCGAUUUAUUAUGAUAUAAUCCGGGGGAGCGGAGAAGGUAAGAGAUUGUUACCCCUGGGGUAUCGAAGUGUAUGUAACAAUGUAUGUCAAAUCUAAAUCACAUGCGUUUAGAGGUAUAAACACCAUAGCAUGCGUUAUACAUUUUUUUUUAAACUGGCAUAAAGGUUAUUGCCAGUACUAGGGUCCGUAUUCAGGAAGCUGUUCUCAAACUCAGAUUUUGUUCUCAAGCCCAGUUAUUCCGGUGAUAAAGUAACACAAUUCUCGUGGUAUCAAAGAUUUAAACUAAUUUUGGCGAUAUUUAUAGCUAAAAACCAUUUUCAAUGUCUAGACUUCACUUUUUGUCAGUGGCACAGGAUUUAAACAAGCUACAAUGAAAUUGGUUUGAACCCGGCCUCUCUAAAGCGACAAAAAUAAAUAUGCUGCAACCAUUGAAACAGUUGCUACCUUUGUAAUUUAAUUACUUUUUGGGGUUUUUUUGGCCUUAGUGUUGAAUGUUUGCCCAUAUGAGGAAGGCGAAGGGUUCUGUCUCCCGGACGAGAUAUACCAAAGUCCUUAAAAUUUAAAAUGAUGGUUGUUAUUCCCUACUUAACGUCGGGAUUUAGGUUUCUCAAUUAUCAGUAUAAUGUAACCGGGUAGGGUACUCUGCCGGGUGCCUUUUGCAUGGUAUAUUAGUCAGGUAGCACUCUUAAUUUGGCAUCAGAUCCGCGUUUUCGCAAGGAGGAACGCACAACAGCAUACUUCCUCCAGCACGCAUACAUUACAAACAUGAAUGUACGUCCUUAAAUGACCUUUGACAAUUCUAUGUUUGUCGUCACAUCUUAUAAGUUUAUUAGAUGGUCUCGUAUACUUUCGUCUAUUUUUUCUGCAGAGACGUCCUAUUAUGUACUAGAAAUCCCUUCCUUGAGUUGUAGA